GUCUGGGGGACAUUGCCGCCAAUGCCAAAUCGGAAAGGAAAAAUUGCUGUCACUCCUGUAGUGUCAUUUCUUGGGGAAAUUGAUGUGGGCAAUAUUAAAUACAGCCAUAUUGAGGUUUCAAAGGUUUUCCAUUUGACACUUGAACACAUUCUUGAGCACAGAAGAUACACAAAAUUCWCUARUGGAGUUACGAUGCCUGUGUUUAUAAAUGGUCCACAUCUCGUCUGGGGUAUGACUGCAACAAUGAUGGAUGUUUUCUUUGAAAUAAUCUUUCCUGGUUAUUACAAAAAGGUUUUUAAAAUUUCUGAUAGGACAAAAUUACCAUGGCUAACWAAACAAAACCGAAAAAUAAUAAAUAAAGUUCUURACAGUGAAAAUCAUACAGUUGGAAACACUGUAAAUGAAUGAUAAUUUUCUUCAACAGUCCUUACUCUGGAUUUUGUUCUACUUAUAUUAUUAAGUAGUUUUCAAUAAAGAAAAAUUAUACGCCA